AUGGAAGACCAAGAACCACAAAUUAGCACAAUAAAGCCAGCAAAUAUGGAUUUAGCAUCGUUAAAGGUACAACGAAGUACAAUGAAACGGAAUAUUAGCAAAUUGAAGUCAAAGGUAGAAAAAGAAGGGACAUCAUCUGAUUAUACAAUAAUUAAGUGUCGACUUCAAAUGCUAGAAUCGUAUUUUACUCAACUCAGUCAUAUACAAACACAAACUGAGCGCCAUGAUGUAGGAGACGAAUCACGUUCUGAAUUAGAAGAACUCUUCGUACAGGCCAAAGCUUAUAUGAUUGACUUAUUAUAUAAAAAACGACGAUCUAGCGAUAUGGACUUAAGCAUUUUAAAUACGACAAGCUCAUCGUUUUCACACCAAAGUCGAUUACCUGAGCUCAAACUCCCGAAUUUCAAUGGCAAAUAUUCAGAGUAUUCUCGUUUCAUAAGCACCUUUAAUACUUUGGUUCAUGAAGAGCCAUGCAUUCCAACCAUAGAUAAAUUUAAUUAUCUUUUGAACUGCCUUAGUGGCCCAGCACUUUCUGUUGUAGAAGCCUUUCAGAUUGUUGAAGAAAAUUAUCAAAAGGCCUUGGAUAGAUUGAAAGAAAGAUAUGAUAACAAAACUUUAAUAUUUUUGACAACAUAA